AGUUCACAGCUUCUUUUCUUCCCCUCAGUCAUUCGUUCUUGUCCUUCGUUCCAGUUCCGACCCAAGGUAACUCCUCCCAACCACCAUGAAGGGAUCAAGCAUGGUAGCAAGCAAGGCCGCCCUGGCCCUGCUUGCUGCUGAUGCAGUCUUCGCGGAUGUCUUGACCACAAUCGAACCUUGCCCCAGCGCCACCGGCCUUUCCAUUGCGCCAAUCACGGUUACCUCUCAAUAUCAAGCAGUCUCGACAUGUCAACCCACAAGUGCUUGUGUCAAGGGCAAGUGUUCAACAGCCUACGACUUCACCACUUACCCCUACGUGUCUACUGUCGUCCCAUACGCCUGGAACGGAACCACAACCCAAAGCACUACAGUCACCGAUGUCUCCCAACCAGUCAGAGUCUCUGAGCAUCUCUCGACACUCACACAAGUCACUGCUGCCCCAACCCUCGACAAGCGUUGGGGGUUCGGCUGGGGCGAGAAAGAAGUCGUCGAGUACGUCACAGUCUACGAGACAGUCACCAGGCGAGCAAUGGCGCCCUUCAUGGAGUGUGGUCCCCUCCCAAUCCCCGGCUGGGAGGGCAGUGGACUGUGCGAGUCAUGCGAGAGCAGUGGAUCUCAACUCCUGGACGUCGUUGAAUGUCGAUUUGGCACAGACGCUUACGGCGACGAAUACCAAAGCUGUUCCGAAUGGUACGAGACUUUGUACGAGAGGGUUGCACCUACCACUACCGUUGAAGCACUCUGCUCCAGCACUGGCAGCAUUCCAAGUGCCGGUGUUUACACUUGGACAUUCCCUCAGGCUGCCGCUCCAGUCACCGUCACCGCGCCUCCCACUACCGUCACUGUCUACAUCGAAGAGCAGCCAUCUGUGACUGUGAUUCCGGAAGAGAUCCAAAUCAUCGAGGGUGAAUCCUGGAAUGCCUAUGUGACCAAAACCUUCGGUGCUGCUACCAUCUUCGACUUCGAAAUCUACAUCACCCAGCCAAUCGUUUAUGCUCCAUUCCCAGCCACUCUGGCUGCCACUAGCACCGCCGCUGUCACAGUUCCAACAGGAUCCGCAGCAAGCAAGGGGUCGUGGCCACUGCCCGAGUCAGAUGAAGGUGGAAAUGCCAACUAUGCUGCUAGCUCAGUGUGGGCCGACUGGACUGGAGCGGCAGCUUCUGGUACUGGACUCGUCGGUCCUGUCGGUGCAAGCACCUCUGGCACUGGACUCGUCGGCCCUAUCGGUGCUAGCACCUCUAGCUCGAGCUCAAGCUCGACCUCGUCAGCAUCCUCGUCCAACAACAUCGGACCCAUCAGCGCGUCUACAUCGACUUCGUCAUCCUCGACAAGCACCAGUUCUUCGGCUAGCAGCACCACCAGCUCGUCAUCAUCCUCGUCCAGCAGCUCCACGAGCAGCACGACCACAACCACCAGCACUUCCAGCACUUCCACCAGCUCCACCACCAGCACGACCACGACCACGACCACAACGACUACUGGUGGAACCGCCGUCACCAUCGGGGUUGGAUUCUAUCUGGAGAUCGUCGCAACCCCUGUCGCUAAAGCCAAGAGACAGGAUGUCGCCGUAGAAUAUCUGGCAUUCGACGCCAACAACAACGGUAUUGCAGUCAGCAGCACUGAUUCAGCAGCUCUAGUCUUCAACGGUGAAGGCAAUGCACUUGUUUCUGACGGCAUGUAUCUUGGUACUCCAGCCGAUGACACCUCCUUGGUCGAGCGCACAUCAGAUCUUCCAGAGGGCUUCACCGAAUGGUACUUUGUCGGUCAAACUGCUCAAUUGCAAGGCACCGCAGGUUUCUGCCUCGGUGCAAAUGGUUCAGUCACUGCAUAUGUUGCCUCGGACGGUUGCUCCAACCCAAUCUAUCUAGUCAAGCAAAUUACUACGAGCUCGACGAACUCUUCGUCAUCCACUUCGGCCACCUCGUCAACUGCCACCUCCAAUGCGACCACGACUACAUCUGGUGCCUCAAACGGCACUGCUACCUCGACAAGCUCAGCGUCAGUCGGACCCAUUAGUGCUUCAACAACGGCGUCGAAUGCAUCCUCUACAGCUUCGUCCACCGGUGCUGGAUCUGCCACCAGCUCUUCUUCGUCAUCGACCACUGCAUCCCUCACCUCAUCGGCCACUGGAAACUCCUCGACCUCAGCCACUGGAUCUGGUUCGUCCUCGGUCACUUCUACUUCGACGUCGGUUUCUAGCUCUUCGACCUUGUCAUCAACGUCGAGCACCUCCUCGGGACUUACCAUCUCCGUAUCGGUUGGACCUAUCAGCAUUACUACAUCUUCGUCAAGCUCCUCGUCAUCGGGCACCGCCACGGCGACCACAUCCACCUCUUCGACCUCGGCUGCCGCGAUUUGCAACAUCAACGCAAACAUCUGCCCUGACUCAGAGUUGAUCACUGCGAACACCGUCGCCACCUCGGACUGCGCAGUCGGUGUCACCUGCACCGUCGAUGAGCUUGCGGAACUGGUCCCUGACCUCCUGACCCAGAACCCAAGCAUCGCCACCGUCCUCCUCGGAGACAACCAAGUCAUUGGCUUGAGCAUUACCCCUCAAGAUGUCGAAGCUGCCAUUGCCAACGGCACGGUGGUCGGAGAUGACGUUUGCUCAGCCCUUGAAGAAGUCACCGUCCAGAUCGAUGACCCAACUUGCAUCACUGGCACCACAACCACCACUUCAUCUUCUUCAAGCACCACUUCCACCAGCAGCACUUCGUCCACAACCGGCGACUUCACUUCUACUAGCAGCUCCUCGAUGGUCACCAGCACAACUAGUGCGACCACGACCACCGAUGACGGAACCACCUCAACGACCAGCACAACGUCCUCCGCCACUGCUUCAAGCACACUUCUCUGCGGAGUUGAGCUUACCCUCUGUGCUGGACAGACUCUUGCGGACCUCGGAUUGAACCAAGUCACUUGCGGCACCACCGGCGUCCUCAACUCUACCCUGUGCGAUAGCACUGAAGUAUUGGAAGCUGCCGCUGACGACUGCGUUCUCUCUUGCCAGUCUUAUGGAUCAGUGCUGACCACCAAUGCCGACGGUACUACUGCCAACCUUGACCCUGUCAUCGGUACUGAGGACAUUCAAUCCAUCCAGGCACAAGUUGACACCGCCGACUGCGUGCCCAGCUCAACCACAGUCACUCUGUCCGACCCUGCAUGUCCCGUCACCGCGUUGAGACGUCGUUCUGUUCUCAGACAUGCACGGGCUCGUUAUGCAUAUUAAUACUAAGGCAGAUGCAUAAGGGCUUUUGGAGGAACUUCUUUUAGGAGGAACUUCUUUUCUUUUCGGGAGCGGCGUUUGGAGGGGGUCGCCCCAAGCUUUUAAUGCAGGGAUCAAAGCAUUUAUUGUGAACCCGGGGACUUGACCAUAAUUCUAGAUUUUACUUCAUAUCUUGGUAAUUUUCUCCCAGAUUGAGAUGUCAUUCAUUCAGUUGGAACAAUUUCUUAAGUACAU